AUGAGCAAUUCUUAUAACUCACAUGCAAUCGAUCCUCUAACUGGGAUCAACUACAAGAAGUGGAAGCAAGAUGUUGAAAUUGUGCUGGGAGUCAUGGACUUGGAUCUAGCACUAAGGGAUGAUGAACCCGCCAGACCUGCAGAGGGAGCAAGCGCUUCUCAAAGGUCUAAAUAUGAGAAGUGGCAAAAGGCAAAUAGGAUUUCUCUGAUGAUCAUCAAAAGAGCCAUAACAGAUGCUGUGCGUGGAGGCAUUCCAGAUUGCAAGACUGCUAAAGAAUAUCUGGCAGCCAUAGAAGACAGAUACCUUGAGUCUGAGAAGGCUGAAACAGGAGUGUUAAUGCAUUCAUUGACAACUAUAAGGUUCGAUGGCAAUGGAAGUAUACGUGAGCAUAUUUUAACCAUGAUAGAUCUGGCCAGCAAACUGAAAAAUCUUGAGCUAUAUGUGUUCAACAAGAAGCCAGAAUCAAGCGUGACAAAUCUGUGA